GAAUGCGAUCAGAGACAUGGUUGUUCGUGGUGCUCCUGCCAUAGCCAUAGCGGCAGCACUAUCAUUGGCUGUGGAAGUUAAUGAUCACGAUUUCACUGGUACACCUGUGGAAGCAGCCUCAUUCGUUUCCAAGAAGUUGGAAUACCUUGUAUCCAGCCGGCCCACAGCAGUGAACCUGUCUGAUGCUGCUACAAAGCUUCAGAACUUAGUGUCAAGAACAGCUGAAACAGCAAAAGAUGCCAAAUCUAUCUUUCAGGUCUUUAUUGAAGCUGCAGAGGCUAUGCUAGUUGAUGAUGUGGCCGAUAAUAAGGCAAUUGGCUUGCAUGGAGCUGAAUUCCUUCAACGGCAGCUUGGAAGUUCGAGAAACAUCUCUGUUCUAACCCAUUGUAAUACUGGCAGCCUUGCAACUGCUGGUUACGGAACUGCCCUAGGGGUCAUUCGUGCUCUUCACUCUGGAGGAGUUUUGGAGAAGGCCUUCUGCACUGAAACUCGUCCAUUUAACCAGGGUUCCAGGCUUACAGCCUUCGAGUUAGUUCAUGACAAAAUACCUGCGACGCUGAUAGCAGACUCUGCUGCAGCUGCACUUAUGAAUAAUGGACAAGUUCAAGCUGUAAUUGUGGGUGCUGAUCGUAUAGCUGCAAAUGGUGACACAGCCAACAAGAUUGGCACAUACAACCUCUCGAUUUCUGCAAAGCAUCACGGCGUGCAGUUUUACGUGGCCGCACCAGUAACUUCGAUUGAUCUCUCCCUCCCGUCUGGGAAGCAAAUCGUCAUAGAAGAAAGAUCUCCAAAGGAAUUGUUGAACUCUGAAGGUGGUCUAGGAAAGCAAGUUGCCGCGUCAGGUAUAUCAGUCUGGAACCCCGCCUUCGAUGUUACUCCAGCAAAUCUAAUUACUGCAAUCAUUACAGAAAAGGGUGUGAUCACAAAGUCUGAUCCUAAUGGAAGUUUCGACAUCAAAGGUUUCAUCGAGCGUGCCAAGUGAUGCCCUCCAGUGAGCAUAGGUUGGCAUGAAUGCAGUGGAACAUCCUUCUCACACAAUUGAUGAUAGGAUGCCCAUGUUGUACUCCCAGCAAUAAGAUCUUUCGAAGUGAGGGAAACAUAAAGUCGCGUACGAGAUGUAUUGUGAGGAUGAGUGUUUGUUAUCCAAAAAGAUGCGUCUUUUGCUAGUGAACUUAAUGUGUUUUCUAGCAAUGAACCAAAACUCGGUUUGAGAUGGAAGACGAGUAGUCGCUAUCUGAAGAACAGAAGUGGGAAUACUGAAAUUUACGUGCAGCAGUGGUCUUUACCUUCUGCUAGUUGAGGUUGCUCCAAUUUUCAUAUGCUGUUUAUAUGGAAGAAUGCAUAUGUUUCACUCAGCAUUGUGAUUAUUUAGUGCACAACUACUGGAGCAUAAACACUUCCUCCUCUGUUCCUCGUUAUGCAGUCUAUGGAAGUUUGUAAGUUUGACUUUGAAUCAAAAGCAUCGGCUAUCUUCUGGAGUA